UUUUAUAUGUUCCUUGAUGUAGGUAUACACUCUUCAACAAUAUUUACAUUGACUCUUAUGGCCUAUGGGAGCUCGGUAAUUUGAGCCAUAGAGCAAUAUUACUCUAUAAUAUGAGUAAAGUGGUCUAUCGUCUAUCGUAGUUUAGAAGUCUGCGUCAUCAACACAAACUAUAAGAGCUUGUAUUUUAUUAUUGUACCUAGUAAUUUAUAAACGAUAGCGACAAGUCGAACACCAAAAGAAUUAGCAUAAAACUGGCCUUCUAUAUAUUAUAAUAUAUACGUCUUGUUGGUCCGGACAUCUAAUACUAUCUGGGUCCGUUCAGUAUAAUUUAUUUGGCCCAAAUGCGCUGACGAGGUGAUUGCAGUCGACUUCCGAACACAUAAUAUGUAAAUAGUGAUCAAUUAAUUUUCCUGUUGGCUAUUAUUAUUAUUAUUUUCACGUCAUAUAAGUCUAUUGCUGGGUGAUACAAUUAUCAACUUGUAUUAUAAAGUUGUCUUUAGUAAUAUAUCGGUUACCGGUUGUCCGUACUACCUAUAUACCACAUUCAAUCUCCAAUAUCGUAUUUUUGGUUUGCAAGUACACGAGGAUCCCGUCAUCGAAACAAGGCAUAUUUAUAACUGUAUAAUCGCUACAAUAAUGGCAUCCUCAUUUAAACACGUCACCGGAGCCGCAGACAGGGAUUCGAGAAUCGUCAAGCAGCUCGAGUUCUAUUUCAGCGACACCAAUUUACCGUACGAUAAGUUCCUGCAAGCUAAAAUCAGGCUCAACGACGGCUGGGUGCCGAUAAGCGUACUGUUGACGUUCAAAAUGCUGAAGUCCAUCACCAGGGACUCGGCCGUGAUCGCGUCCGCCGUCAAGGACGCCGUCGAUAGCAUCGUGGAAGUCGACGAGACGGGCUUGAAGAUCAGACGCAAACCGAAAAUCGCCGCGCCCGCCCCCGAUCGCCGACUGUUCAAAGACAUCGUCCAACGGUCGAUUUAUUGCAGUGGUUUCCCGAGGACGACCACCGUGGACGAACUGUUGGAGUUUGCCGCCACCUUUGGCGACAACGUCAUCACGAAAACCACCCCCAUGAGGUUCAAGUCCCAGGCGUUUAAGGGUUCCCUUUACUUUACGUUCAGCACCAAAGACGAGGCGGAAAAGUUUUUGGCAAGAGAAUCCGUCGAGUACAACGGCAUGGAAAUAAAGCGUAUGUGGGAGAGUGAUUUCUUGGGAGAUUAUAAAGCGUACAGUCCAUUUAAUUACGAAUAAAAUGCGUCCGCGGGCACACUCCGUACACACUACCCGUUAAUAUGGGCACACGUCAUUAUAAAGGUUUAAUUUAGUUUAUAUUUCAUUAUCAUUUUAUUUCUUUCUAAUAUAAUAUAAUUUUAUUUCUAACUAAUAUUUUUUUUUCAACAAUUGUUACUUAAGUAAAAACGGUCACAGGUAGUUAUUUUAGUUUUAUUAUUAUUCAUUUGUAUGCAAUUACUUGUUAGUUAUUAUUUUAGUUAUAAAUAUCUGACGAUUAUAAGUAUUGCUAGGUAUACCUAGUCCAUGGAUAUAUAUUUCAUUAAUUUGUUAUACUAUUAUUUUUCUUUAUUCUCAAAUAAAUCAUUCAGUUAUCUAAGAACAAUAACUGCAGUGUAAUGAAAUCGUCACAUUUGUUAUGUUU